GACGCACCACAAAACUAGCUGAUGCUGGACAGCAACAGGCAGCUUGUUCUCCCGGACCUCUCCGGAUAUUCUUAAAAACACGGGUGGGGGGGGGAAGCAACAAUAAGUCAGAGCAAUUUUCCCCCCUAAACGUGCACUCGCUUGCACUGAAAACAACUCAUGGAUACAAACAAAACUGAGUUCAACGAUACGUCCGACUCGAGAACUGCAGAAGGGUCCGUUCUCCGGACUGAAGCCGUGGAACACAGCAAUCUAAAGGGGGGCGGAGAAGUGCCGUCAGACAUCUGCAGUAAACAUGCUGACGGUUUUGCACACUUGGAUCAGCAAGACGUUUUCCUAAAAGAUAGAAGGAGGGCGAGAUCUCUGCCUGCUUAUCCGGACCAAGCCACCUUGUUCAAUGAGAUUUCUCAGAGCUGCAGGAAAAGGGUUCAGUUUGCAGAUGCGCUGGGUCUCAGUUUGGCCAGUGUGAAGCACUUCAGUGCUGCGGAUGACCCGCAUAUCCCAUCCAAAGUUUUCUCCAGGUUACAGACCUACCCUCCUCAACAAGACAGGGAGCUUCUCGGCGAUCUCUGUGACAAAUUAAAGGCCAGCCUGACACUGGACUGCUUGGUGCCUACUUUUAAACAGCCCGUGGAGUCACCCGAUUUCGAAAAUAGAGUGAAAGAAAACAAAGUGGCUUUGGAAAAGGUGACGGUCACUCAUUUUGACAUCCGAGGGCUUGUGAGAGUGCUUCAUUUCGGCAGUAGAAGAGAAAUAGGGGUGAGGUACACUUUCAAUGACUGGCUGUCGUUCGUGGACGCGCAAGCCGUAGCAGUGCCAGGCGAAGACAGUACUACCUGCGGUGAGAAGUUUUCUUUCACGAUGUACACACCCCCAUUCUUGGACCCCAGCUGCUCAGUCCACUUUGCCGUUUAUUGCAAGACGGACAUUGGAGAAUUCUGGGACAAUAACCACGGCCAAAAUUACACCUUCAGGUAUCACUGCAUGUCGCCAUUCGAGACUGCUGCCUUUCGCGCAACCUAAGUGCCUCAUAUCUA